AUGUCUUGUCUUUAUUUGAGUUUCACGACAUUCCAUGAAAGUUUAAUCAGAUCCGAUAAAGGAAUUGUAUUCCAUCGAUAUUCUUCAUACAAUAAAUUCCAAGCAGUCAUUGAUGACAUGAUGGAUUAUAUACAUAAUAUAGACAGAAUAUCACAGUCCGCAAUUGCUGAGGAUGAACCACGACUAAUAGUUGAUUUACCCAACGAAAUCUUAAUACAAAUUUUGAAUUACUUACCGAUAAAUGUGACGAAACAGCUACUUCUUUAUCCAAAAAUGAAUUUGUUAACUCAAUAUUAUAUUUAUCAUAAAUGUCAAUACUGCUUACAAAUAAAUGAUGAUAGUAUUAUUGAUUUGAAAAACCAGGACAACGCGAGCGAUAGUAAUGCGAUACUAGAUAGUGUAAAUCAAGACGGUUACAACAUAAUUGAGGAACUUGAUACGACUUCACAAAAUAUGUUGAAACAUAUAAAAUGCUUUAAGAAUUAUAAAGUAGUCGUUAAUAUAGUAAAGUUUGAAGAUAUACUAGUAAAAUUAGAACAUUACAAAAGCCUAAUAAAUGAGAUCUUUUACAAUGAUAGAAAAGAUACCGCUUUAAACAUAAACAUUUCAAUAAAAUUGAAUUAUUCAAUCAACAAUUUUCAUGAUGUUAAAGAUUGCUUUUUCAAUAUAGAUUCUAUCAGCAAAAUGUUUAACGAGAAUGAUUUAAAUAAUAUCCAAAUUGAUUUACAAUUAAAUAAACAAUUAUGGUGA